AUGGAUGCCGAAGAGAUGGAUGCAGAGAUGGAAGCCACAAGGAUGGAUACUUCAGGAGGAGAGGCUUCUGCAGAGGAUGUUGCCACACGAGCUGCUCCCAGGCAUGCCAUUAGAGACCCACCGGCCACCCCUUUCCCAUCUCCACACCCGCCGCCACCACCCUCUCCUCUCUCCCAAUCUCUACGCCACCCUCUCCUCUCCCUGGAUCUUCUCACGCUGCCACCUCUCUCUCCCCCCCUCUCCCUCUCCCUCACAUACACGGCCUUCUUUCUCACUCAUGGCUUCCCCUCUCUCUCUCUCUCUCAGGUAGCGGCACGGCGAGGCGACCAGCGACUUCGGGCCACCGCAAGCAACUUCGGCACGGCCUCCUCAACCUCUUCCUACGGCGGCGGAUCCGAUGACCUCAAGCAUGACCUCAUCGAUGGAGGCUCCGGCGACGUCGCACAGGUGCUCAUCGUCAAGGGGAAGGACAUGCUCAUCGUCGGGUGUGGCAUGUCCGGCAUCACCUCCAUCCUCGCGAUGACGGCGAGUGGAUCUACGACGAUGCGGAUCUCACAGCUCUAGGUUAGUGGCGGCGGCUUGGAUCCGGGCCACCUCUCUGUCUCUCUCUCACGCAUCUCAUGAUUUUUCUCGCAUGUUUCCUGAGGCAACGACGGUGGAUCCGAGACGGCGACGACAGAUUCGGGAUGGGGACAAUGGAUCCGGGACGGGGACGACAGAUCCGAAGCGACGACGACGAAUCCGAGGCUUGCCGAUAGCAGCAGGCUCAUCGGCGCACAUCAAUGGCGGCAGCACUGCAACGGCGACGACGAUGGUAUCCACGGCGGCGGCGGCGACCUAGAUCCGGGUCUGGCGGGCUGGGCUCGAGGAUGGCCCCCAGUUUUUUUCUUUUUUUUUUUAUUUCGAUGGCACCAUUAGCAGUGGCGGGCGUCUCGCCCGCCACUGCUUCUUAUUUUUAGCAGUGGCGGGAGAGCAGCGACGGGCGGGUUGCCCGUUGCUAUAGUGGUAAAACGCCCAUCACUACAGUGCUCAUUUCUAGUAGUGUUAUAAUUUUAACGGUUGAAAAUAUACCACUAAACUUCUUCGAUGAUCCUAUAUUUUCGUUUAGACAA